GUAAUUAUUCCACCAAGUAUUGAUGGAUAUAAUAAACCUACACAAUUCACCGUAAAAAUUGCCUAUCACAAAGAAAUUAAUUUACAAGUUUUAAGGGAUUAUAUUAAAUCAGGAAAAGAACCGGAAGGACUCGAUGAUUAUAUUCAAACUUGUGUUCACGCACUUAAUGCAUACAUAAAUUACAAAGUGCGCACAAGUUUUUUAUCUGUUGGAAGAGGAAUUUAUCCUCCUAUCCAGGGGGAAAGAAGAAUUUUGUUACAAAGUGGAGAAGAAUUAAGAAAAGGGUUUUGUCAAUCGUUGAGAAUCGGAUGGAAAGAGCUUCUUGUUAACGUUGACACGUGUUCUGGCAUUUUUUGUCCACCUGGAAAUGUUGUAAACGUUAUUGGUACCUUCUUAGGAUACAGCGAAAGUGAUUUGAAAUUAGGACUCUAUGACGAGGAUAAAUUUUAUUUAAAUAAGAUUUUGAAAGGAAUUAAAAUUUUCGUCCGGCAUCGUGAUGAUAAAAGGGAGACUUUUACCAUUGAUGGGUUAUCACGUGAAUCAGCAGAUCAAACCACAUUUAAGAAUGGCCAAGAUGACAAAAAUUCGACAGUUAGUCAAUACUUCCAGGAUACAUAUGGGAAAAAGCUUGAAUUUGGAAAGUUGCCUUGUAUCGUUGCUAAGAAAAAAAUUUAUCUUCCUCUAGAAGUCUGUGAAAUUAUACCAGACCAACCUUUCAGAGGCAAUAUCAGCGAUAAUGCACGCGCUGAAAUGAUUAAGCAUACUUGU